UCUCAGAAAAAUACAGAGUCAGACACAGACACAGACACACGUGUAAGAACUCGAACUAGCUCUUUCUCUUUAGCCUGUGCUACUUGAAGUGCGCAGGUUAAGCAGUGGGGCGUGCGCAGUGUAAGAGAGAAAUGAUGGAUAGGAGAGCGGUUUUGUGCUUAGGUUUUGUGUGCAUUGUGAUCGCCGGCGUCGGAGGUCAAUCUCCUGCGACGUCUCCUAGCUCGACGCCAGCUCCGCCUACACAGAAUAAUCCUCCUCCGGCAGGCUCACCGCCGCCUACGAACAAUGUUCCACCCCCGUCGACUCCUCCUCCAGUGAGCACUCCGCCUCCUUCAUCGCCUCCUCCGGCGACUCCUCCUCCAGUCAGCUCUCCGCCUCCCGCCUCGCCUCCUCCGGCGACUCCUCCACCCGCUACUCCUCCCCCGGCCACUCCACCUCCAGCGACUCCACCUCCGGCGUCUCCUCCACCAGCAUCUCCUCCUCCGGUAACUCCCCCUCCAGCCACUCCACCUCCGGCAUCACCUCCUCCGGCCACUCCACCCCCGGCAACGCCUCCACCGGCGCCUCUAGCAUCUCCACCAGGGCCGGUUCCCGCCACUAGCCCGGCUCCAGCACCUAGCAAGAAGAAGGUGAAAGCUCCUGCUCAGUCUCCCUUGGCGCUGAGCCCGGUGUCGGAAGCCCCGGGGCCGAGCCUGGGAGCUCUCUCUCCGACCCAGAACGACGACAGUGGGGUUGAGAAGAUGUUAUCCAUUGAGAAGAUGGUUGGGAGCUUGGUGUUUGGAUGGGCUCUCCUGUGGGUGGUGGUUUAGAGCAGUCUCAGUCUGGGGUCUUUUCUUUUUGAUUUCAGUGUUACAUUACUGUUGCCUCUAUUAUAUAUCUACUGCUCAUCACCCUAUUAGCCCCCCACCUGAUGAUGGGCACCUGCUAUAUUUGUAUUUGAACUACAUACAUUCGGUUGAAUUCUUUUGGGAGAUUUUUGAGGGGAGUUUUCUGCAUUGCCUGUUGAGGGGGAGUUGUUUUGUAUUUGAUUGGUAGCUACCUCUUUCUCUCAUGAUAUCUUUAUUUCAUUUUUCUAUUAUCUCUUUUGGUCUCACCUUUAA